AUGACAGGCAUUGAACCAGGUGUUGAGUGUUGGACAACAACUGUUAAGACUGGUGGUAAUGUUACUAUUCCAUGUCAUUAUGAAAGUAAAUAUACCCAACGCAAGAAAUACUGGAGUUAUUAUCCAUCACGAGAUUUCUAUUCCUCCUCUAUUCUUGCAUAUGCAAAUGAAACCAAAGGAAAUGUGUCAGUAUUUGAUCAUCCUGAUCAGAGUUUAUUUACUGUCACUAUGAGAAACCUGCAGGAGCAAAACACUGGAACUUACUGGUGUGCUGUGGAAAUUACAGGUUACUGGGAUGUGAAAGAAUGGAUUUAUCUCAAAAUCCAAUCAGCUCCUGAUGUCUCUGUGAUGUCCAGCAGUGUAACUGUAGAUGAAGGUGGUAAUAUCAGUCUACAGUGUCUCUACACUUCUACAUAUAAGAAUGAAACCAAACAGUGGUGCAGAUAUAAAGACAAGAAAUGUUACACAUCCCAGAAUGCAUUAGUUGAGAUCAGUGAUGAUGGGAGAGGAUCUUUGAAUGUGGUGAUGUCUGGACUGAUGAAGAGUGAUUCUGGCUGGUAUUACUGUUCUGUAGGAGAUCUACAGGCUCCUGUGCAACUAACAGUCACUGCCCCCGACCCGGAGACUCUUGAUGUCUCUGUGAUGUCCAGCAGUGUAAUUGUAGAUGAAGGUGGUAAUAUCAGUGUACAGUGUCUCUACACUUCUACAUAUAAGAAUGAAACCAAACAGUGGUGCAGAUAUAAAGACAAGAAAUGUUACACAUCCCAGAAUGCAUCAGUAGAGAUCAGUGAUGAUGGGAGAGGAUGUUUGACUGUGAUGAUGUCUGGACUGAUGAAGAGUGAUUCUGGCUGGUAUUACUGUUCUGUAGGAGAUCUACAGGCUCCUGUGCAACUAACAGUCACUGGUAAAACUCAAUCAGUUAUCAACUUUUCCUGUUAUAUGAACAUAUAAAAAAUAAAGUAUUUUCACUAUAUCUGUGUUCAGUUGCUGUAACAGAUCUACACAUUCCUGUUGAAUUCACUGUUACAG